AAGAAAAACGGGGAGCCGGUCGCUUAUAAACGCACCGACGGAGCAAAUGGAUCACUAGGGCGUUGUAAGUACGGGCCGUGAGUGUGCGCGUUGACUGCGGUUGAAGCGUCGACGCCGCUGCCCUGACGACGACGUCCGAUUUUUAAGCAUGACCGCCUCAGCAUGGCCGUGGCUACUCUGUGCGCUCCUCGGAGCAGUGGUGAACGCGAGCCCGUCGCCUGGGGACCUGGGAUGCCCGGCGCCCCGUUCGCCCGAGAACGGCCUGGCCUUCAUCUUCAACAGGGGUCGCCUGGUACACUACCGCUGUCACUCUGGAUUCACGCUGCGUGGUCACGGCCAGGCGCUCUGCCACCACAACACCUGGAACAGGCCCGCUCCCCUGUGCCUCCCGAAAAAUGCUACUCGACGUGGCGGUGCUAGGCCAACAGAGGACCGGCAGCCGUGGGGCUCGUCGACGGAGAGCUCGCCGCUUGUCGACAGGAAAAGACUGGUCGGCGAUGAACAACCAACGAGGCUGAACGGCGUCCGUCGCGACUCCUGGGAAGGCGACUCGGGUGCCGCCAACGAGGUGCCGUCAGCUGAACAAGUUAUCUCGCUCCACGGCGUUCAUUCGGCCGACAGCUCGCAGCACUCGAAGAAGGGCCACGGCUCAGCGCAGCAAGGCGAAGAUGGACUGACUACCCCCAGAGAAGCAUUGCGGACGCAGUCAGACAUACAUCGUUACUGGAGGAGCCACCACGGAGAGCACAGCGCGGACAGUCUCGGCGCUGAUAGAAAUGAGACGACGGGUCACAAGACGGUCAGCCGCGCGUUCAAGAGAAGCUACCCCGACGACGACUAUGACCUCGAAGACGACGACAAUGCGCAGCCCACGCGCAGGGGCGACAUCAGCCCCUUCGACGACGAAGAGGGGCCCGGCGGCAGUCCGCGUACCGUGACGUUCGAGAGGGGACCCAAGGGCGACCGCGAGCCGUAUGACCUCCAGAGUUCUUCGCGGUCUUCCCCCGUCGACUACUUCGGUCGUCCGGUGCAAGUUCUCAGCGGAGAGAAAGCGCACCAGCAAGACACCCUGUUGCGGCGCCAAUACGAGAUGGCCCAGCAGCACAGGCGCGCCAAGAUCGAAGAGUUCAGGGCUCGCGAGGAGGUGCGAUUCGAACCACCUCCGCCGCACGCACCCGUGACGUCCCGGCCGCUCGAUUACUUCGGGAGGCCAGUGCAGGUGCACACGGGCGAGAAGGCAGCCCAGGCUGAGGCCCUCCUCCGACGCCAGUACGAGAUGGUGCAGCAGAGGAUGCAGGACAACCAGGUGCAAGAAGCCCGCAAGCGUCCCGACACCGACUACUUUCCCAGGCAGGGAGUGAGCGAGGACGACGUGCGAUACCGGGGAGACAGGGAGCCGCUGCCGGGAGUCACGUCGAGGCCCGUGGAUUACUUCGGCAGGCCAGUGCAGGUCCUCGAGGGUGCCAAGGCUGCCCAGGCCGAGGCAAUGCUGCGAAGGCAGUACGAGGAGUACCAGGCGCGUCUCAGCAGCAGCAGGCCCAGUGAGCCGGACUACGCCGAGGGCAGACCGGUCGAGUUCAAUCGCAGACCCGUGCAACCUGCGAGCUCGCCCCCGUUCGACCACUUCGGCCGACCCGUGCAGGUUCUCACGGGCGAGAAGGCGGGACAGCAGACAGAGCUGCUGCGACAGCAGUACGACAUGGCGCAGCGCGGCGCUCUCCAGGAGGAGGCGAGGGGCAGGCCGGUCGAGGAGCACCGACACCGGCACCAGCACGGCGAGCAAGGCACCAGCGGAGCCCUGAGGCUGAGCCGAGAAGACUUGGAGCUCAUGAGUCGGCUGUCGCCACAGCUGCGCGCCAGCUUCGUCCGGGACCUGCGCCAGGCGCGCAUCAAGGAAGAGACGGACCCGGAGAGGGCCAACAGAUUCCUCAGCCGUUAUCGCAGCAGCCACGCCGAGAUGAUGGUGGCCGACGAGCCGUUGGAGAUCACCACGGCGAGCACUGAAGACACGUCGUCGGACACGUCGACCGAGUCGUCUGCCAAGGCCACGUACGACCAGAGCUGCCUGCAGGACCGCAAGCUGGGCCGGCCGUUCCUCAGCGCGCCCAAGGUGAAGCACGCGUACGUGUACAAGUACGAGCGCAAGGUGCUCGGCAAACCGGCGCAGAGCCACUACGUGCUGGCUCGCUACAAGUGCCUGCUCGGCUAUUCGCUCAAGUACGCCAAGGCGAGCGCCCUCUACUGCCGGCAGCGGCAGUGGAUCGGCGAGCAUCCGACGUGUGUCAGGAGCUCGACCACCGAGCAGCUGUGAUUGGUAGAGUGAGAAAGUGGUCGGCACGACUAGACCGAGUGCUGGCCUACACGUUUCUUUACGUCGCAUCGGCGACAGUGCUUAGAUGCCAAAAAAAUAUUUCAUAUUUGAUAACCGCUCACUAGGGAGGUACCAUGACAGUCUUGUACAAAUACAGUUCGUGCACAAACAUGCGUCAUUGCGUGUGCAAAAAGAAACUUGCGCCGGUGUAAAGACAACACGCGGGGCUCGCUGUGUUUGUGCCUUCGAGAAGCCUAACGCGACGCGUAGUGUAGCGCACUUCUCCACUGCCCUCUGUGACUUCGCAUACGUCAGAUUAUUUGUGCCAUUGUUCUUCCUGUGAGAAAGCGUAGUUUAUGUGAGAUGUUCUUUACUGCAGUGUAAAUACACAAAUCGAUCGCUGGGUCACAUAUCCUGAUAUUUUAUGUGUUCUAUGUGUGCUCACAACUCGCUGUGCUUUUCUGCUUUUCGUCAAAGCAGAAAAGGGCCAGUCAUUGCUUUUGUAUGAACGUGCUAGCGCUGCAAAACUAUUUAUUUACACCCCCAAAAAAUGUAUAUUGUGUCCUGUGAAAAAAUAAACAGCUCAUGAAGAAAG